UCAGGAUGAAACCACCGCCUCGUGCCUCCAUCGUCCCGAGGAUCGAUCGAAGAGCCUGACGUGCAGCGAUGAGCCGCCGCACCAGGCGCGGCGACCGGCAGCAGCAACAGCCGCUGGCUCGUUCUACGACCGUGUCCAACAACCCGAUCUUCUUCGUGCACGACGAGGUCGACAACGUGCCGGGUGAGUUCGCCAAGCCGCUGCCGCUGCCUCCUAGCAGGGCGCACCUGCAGCCUGCGGGCUCGCGGCGCGCAGCCGGUUCCACGUUCAUGGCGAGCCGGCACGGGAGCGGCUGGGUCCUGUGGAGGGUGCACCACCACGACCCGUUCCUUGCCGCCUACGUCGCCUGCACCAAGAGCGACGGCGGUGGCAAGGUCGACGCCACUCCGGCGAAGCGGCAGCAGAAGAAGAACAGGGGCAGAGGCGAUGCCGCUGUCCAGGGGUGCGGCAUUUGGAGCGGUUGGACCGCGGCGGGAGCCAAGUACGCCGGAGCGAUGUCGUGUAAGUACGGCUGCGACGUUGGCACCGCGCAGGGCGACGAUCCUGCCGCGUCCCCGGCGCCCAGGCUGCACCUGUCGCGGCAGCUGGUGGUGAUCCCGGCCAGGAGGAGGGCCCUGCAACCACGAGGGCGGGCGCAGGGCUGAGGGAGGGUGCUGUACUUGUGUUUGUUUCUGGUGCUGUGUAGUGCACCCUACCAUGUAGUGGAACUCCCCCAACUGACUUAUAUUUCGGAACAGAUGUAAUAGUAACCUAUAACCAAUGUAACGAUACUACUGCAGUGUGUAAAAUUGUGAAGAGAUAGAACUGUACUCCUUCCGUU